AUGGCUGAAGGCGAGAGCCAGCAAGCAAAUCGAGAUGCCCUUAUUCCUAGCCCUCACACCACAACUAGAUGGAUCUGGAGUGGGGUUUUCACCCGUUGCCUGUCGGCGGCGCUGCUGUCAAGAGGCGGGGCAUUUGUCGAUUACUCUGCGGAAUUGGUUGUUGGGGACGUUGCGGUCGCUGGAGAGGAAGGAGAAGACAUGGGAGAUGCUGAUGGGGAUGUGGGAGGUUAGUUUGAUGGGAAGGGUUCCGGCGGUGGAUUGGUAGGUGCGGGGAAGGUGAGAAGGAGAAUUCCAGGAGCAUGGAUUUUUAUUUAUUUUUUGCAUUUAUUUUUUUGUUUGUUAGGUUUUUAGAUGGUUGACGUGGAAUCUAUGUGGCAAGUUUGGCCUAGUUGUUGUUGACGUGUGCGUUGAGGUGGCAUCCUAGUCAGCAUAAUGUUAAUCUAACUGACGGAAUUUUUAACACCGUUAAAGUUUGUAACGGAAAUGGCUAUAUUUGUCAUGCAAAUUUCAAAAUUCU